AUGAAAUGUGAAUUUCAUGAAGAAAAUAAAUAUAAAUUGAUAUGCCCAACAUGUAAAGUUGCAAUGUGUAAAGUUUGCAUAAUCAGUAAAGGUCAUCGUGGUCAUGAAACUGAGUUGAUUACAAAAGAUAGUAUUGAACCAAUAACUAAAGAAUUUAAAGAUAUUAAUUUCAAAUCAAUACAAGAAUGUUCAAAUAAUAUUAAAUAA